AUGUUACAUGGAAUGUAUCAGGCAAAGGCACAAGGUGCAGAUUUAGUUGAGGUGAGGCUGGAUUGUAUAAGGAAUUUCCGGCCGAGGGGUGACCUUCAAAUCCUCCUAAAGAAUAAGCCACUGCCAGUUAUCAUUGUGUAUCGGCCAAAAUGGGAAGGUGGUCAGUAUGAUGGUGAUGAACAAAUGCGGCUGGAAGCACUUCUUUUAGCCCAGGACUUGGGAGCGGAUUAUAUCGAAUUUGAGCUCAAGGUAGGUGGUUACACAUUUUUCAGGCCAAAAUGGGAAGGUGGUCAGUAUGAUGGUGAUGAACAAAUGCGGCUGGAAGCACUUCUUUUAGCCCAGGACUUGGGAGCGGAUUAUAUCGAAUUUGAGCUCAAGGUAGGUGGUUACACAUUUUUCAGGCCAAAAUGGGAAGGUGGUCAGUAUGAUGGUGAUGAACAAAUGCGGCUGGAAGCACUUCUUUUAGCCCAGGACUUGGGAGCGGAUUAUAUCGAAUUUGAGCUCAAGGUAGGUGGUUACACAUUUUUCAGGCCAAAAUGGGAAGGUGGUCAGUAUGAUGGUGAUGAACAAAUGCGGCUGGAAGCACUUCUUUUAGCCCAGGACUUGGGAGCGGAUUAUAUCGAAUUUGAGCUCAAGGUAGCUUCUGAUCUCACAAAAGAACACAAAUUGAAACGGCGUAGCAGGAGCAAAAUAAUUGUAUCUUGUUAUGUGGACAGUGUGUCCUCCCCAAAAGUAGAUCUAAGCCAUCUUGUGGCCCAUAUGCAAUCUACUGGAGCAGAUAUGAUCAAACUUGUUGCCAAUGCAACUAAUAUUACAGAAAUAACGAGGAUUUUUCAUUUGCUUUCACAUUGCCAGGUUCCGCUAAUUGCAUACUCCAAUGGGGAAAGAGGUCUUAUAAGCCAGUUAUUGGGCCCAAAGUUUGGUGGCUUUUUAGUCUAUGGAUCUAUUGAGGACAAUUUAGUACCUGGUCUGCCUAUUCUAGAUAGCCUUAGAAAAGCUUAUAAUGUUGAGUGUAUAGAUGCGGAUACAAAAGUUUUUGGGCUUAUCUCAAAACCAGUAAGCCAUAGCAAAGGUCCUAUUUUGCAUAAUCCUACGUUCAAACAUGUGGGCUACAAUGGAAUUUAUGUUCCGAUGCUUGUGGAUGAUCUCAAGGAGUUCUUUUGUGUCUAUUCAAGUCCUGAUUUCGCUGGUUUCAGUGUAGGAAUUCCAUACAAGGAAGCAGCAAUUGAAUUUUGUGACGAAGUCCAUCCACUUGCUCAGUCUAUAGGUGCUGUUAAUACUAUUAUAAGGAGACCUAGUGAUGGCAAGCUGGUUGGUUAUAAUACAGAUUGUGAGGCUUCUAUAACUGCCAUUGAGGAUGCUCUUAAAGGGGGAUGCAAUAAUGGGGACGCAUUUCUCCCCUCUCCACUCACUGGGAUAUUGUUUGUGCUAGUUGGCGCUGGAGGUGCAGGAAGAGCACUGGCAUUUGGUGCUAAAAGCAGGGGAGCACGGGUUGUCAUUUUUGACAUUGAUUUUGGUAUGGAUACUCGAAGCUCUAUUGAGAAUGAAAUUGGAAUUCUCUCUUAUAUUCUUACCUUUAAGUCAUAUUAUGAUAUAAGGCUUAAGCUCCUCCACGAUAGAGCAAAGUCUCUUGCCGAUGCCGUGUCAGGUCAAGCUCGGCCUUAUGAAGAUUUAGUUAAUUUCAGGCCCGAGAAAGGUACAAUCCUCGCAAAUGCAACACCUUUAGGAAUGCAUCCAAAUAUGGAUCGGAUUCCCGUGGCUGAGGCAACCUUGUGUGAUUGCAAGCUCGUCUUUGAUGCUGUGUACACACCUAGGAAAACCACUCUUCUAAAAGCAGCUGAGGCUGCUGGAGCCAUCAUUGUCAGUGGAGUUGAAAUGUUUCUGCGGCAGGCAAUUGACCAAUUUAAUCUUUUCACUGGCAACAAAGGUACAUUCAUUAUUCUUACAUCAAUUUCUGAAUAUAUCUCUGGCAUGGUUGAAAGAUUGGGUCUGUAA